AGGCAACGUCAAACUGAAGCAGCGCCUCCUUGUGUCUCUAGAUAUCACGCAGGAAGAUAGCCUCCAUUACCAUCUGCAGAGCUCGACUUCUAUCUAACCACCCCAAUCGCCCACCACACUCUUCUCUCCCCUUUGCCUAGGAGAAACAUACCGUGGGCACCAAAGACGCUCUCAUUUAUUUUCGAGAAGGAGUUGGUACCGACUCCUCGGUUAUUCGGAGGGAUUCCACCCGAGAAAUACCUUCCUUAGAAGACCUCGUCCUGUUGUUGAUUGUCGAGAGAAAAUGUGGUCCUGGUUCGGUGGCGCAUCGGCCGCGCAGAAGCGAAAGGAUGCCCCCAAGAAUGCCAUAUUGCUGCUCCGAGAGCAGCUAGAUAUGCUGCAGAAGAGGGAGAAGCAUUUGGAGAAUCAGAUGGCCGAGCAGGAUGCAGUGGCAAGGAAGAAUGUCUCGACAAAUAAGAACGCUGCCAAGGCCGCUCUGAGACGAAAAAAGGGCUACGAGAAGAACCUAGAACAGACCACUGCCCAGAUCACUCAGUUAGAACAGCAGAUAUACUCGAUUGAGGCCGCAAAUAUCAACCAGGAAACUCUGCAUGCCAUGAAGGUCGCAAGCGCUGCCAUGUCACAGAUCCACAAGGGAUUGACUAUUGAUAAAGUGGAUGAGACUAUGGAUCAAAUUCAACAACAGCAUCAACUCAGCGAAGAAAUUGCCCAGGCUAUCGCAUCCAAUACUAUUGGUGAAGUGCCUGACGAGACCGAGCUCGAGGAGGAAUUGGAGAGCAUGGAACAAGAAGCUAUGGACAAGCGCAUGCUUACUCCUGGCACUGUUCCAGUCGCAGAUAAAAUCAGCGCGUUACCGUCCGCGGCAAAUGGGGAGCUCAAAGCCAAGCACGAAGUGGAAGACGACGAGGAAGCAGAGUUGGAAAAGCUCCGUGCGGAGAUGGCCAUGGGAUGAAUGUUCCUUGAGUCUGCUCCCUGUUAGGCUUAAUCGUUGCUUCUCAUCCCCCCCAACCAACCAAUUUAAAAUCCUUUUCGAAGCAACAAUCUCAAGCGGCUGACUCGACGGGUUUAUUUAUUGUAUGAAUGAAACGCCGAAUGUCCCUUCAUUGCGCGUCCUCUUUUCUGUGUAAUUUUGUCCCCUCUUCUCGCUAUUAGCAGCCGAACAAGCCUUCUAAUUUUUUUUAUCAUCUGCUUGUCUUGUCGUCUCGUCGGCGUAUCUUGGUUCUUUUAUUAUCAUAAUUCCAUUCGGUCCGGUUCUGGUUCUGGGGGUUCUUUUUGUGGUUUCUGUCUGUCUUUUUUUUUUUUUUUUUUUUGUGCCGUUUCUCUUGCCUACUGCUAUAAACAUACAUACCUACGGAGUACUUACAUACAUUUCUAUUGCCGUUUCCAAUUCUUUCAACUCAUGCCUAAUCGGUCACUCUCUGUACGGAGUAAGCACAUAGACUGAAUAUAUCGAAACUUCCGC